AUGGGCAAGGACGUCUGCAGCGCGACGACGGCGGGCAAGAAGCGGGCCAACGAGGUGGACUUUGGCUGGUGGCGCGACAGCGUGUCGUUUUACAUGUACGCGGACACGACCAUCAAGAAGUGGGACGCGUUCGCGACGGGCCUGAUGACGAUGCCGGUGGGGCCGUCGCUGCUCCAGGACUCGAGCUUCACCUUUAUAGUGCCGACGCCCAACGGGGCCAUCCCGGCAAAGAUCGACAUGCCGGUCGAGGAGCAGGCCGAGCGCUACUUUAUGGAGCACUACGUCACCGUGCCGUGCAACCCGGCCGACAGGGGGAGCAACUCGUUCGUGCCCCGCUUCCUCAAGCUGCCCGAGGACGAGCAGAUGCUCUGCUUCAGGAGCGCCUUCAAGGCCGCCAGCCUGGCCGCCCUGGCCACCAGGCCGUCCGCCAGGAGCCUGCGGGCGCGCGCCCAGUCGGAAUACGUCAAGGCCAUCAGGGCUGUCGGGGAGGCGGUUCAGGGCCUCUCCAAGGGUGUCGGGAGUAGCACGCAGACGCUGGGGUCCAUCUUGUUGUUGACUUUGUACGAGGCAGGUAUUCACCAGAGGGUGGGAAGCCAACAUCUGGGUGCCUUCGAGGCCCACGUCAAGGGUGCAGUGCAGCUGAUUAUGCUGCUUGGAAUGGACGAGUUGCAGUCUCAGGACAGCAAAGAAAUGGUGAUUAUGGCACGAGGGCGAAUGCUCAUGCUCAAAAGCCUCCCCGGCUACGAAACCACCCACACAAGCUCACUCGCCAACUCCCUCAUCUCCGUCUCGUACCGCGACUCCCUGGGUCGGCUAGGGGUAUGGCUGGCCUCGCUGUGUUGGCGACGCGAUGAGAUUGUAAACAUCAUCAAGUCGGGCCAGAGGAGUCCAGAAAUAACGGCCAAGAUCAGGCACCUCAAGGACGAGACUAGCCAGGUGGCCCGGAGAUUCUACGAGGCGGCGCAGGACAUUGAGCACGGCUACCACCUCGACCAGAUCUUUGUCAAGUACAGCCCCCUGCUGCAGGACCUGGUGCGCCGAACCGAGACGCUCGGGACGCCGACUGCCUCGCCGCCCAACAACAACAACAGCAACGAUUCCCCCUCCGGCGUGGGCAGCGGGCUCAACAGCCCCGACGACGCGGCGUCGACGCCGAGCGAGGCGGCCUCGGACGGCUCGACCAUCGACGUGGAGCGCGAGUUCCCGCCGCGGCACAUGAACUUUCGCGACCACCGCGAGGCGUCCUUUUACAUGUCCAGCAUGGUGGCGGCGCUCGUCAUCCAAAACACCGUCAUCCGCUGCAUCGCGUGGCUGCACCUGGACGACGAGGACGAGGCCGACCCCAACGCCUACGAGCGCUCGCCCGAGUACGUCGACGCCGCCCUGCUCGCCUCGCGGGCCGUCGGCGGCAUCGUGAGCACCAUGAGCUACUACAAGCUCUCGCUGCUCGAGCACGACAUCACCGACUCGGGUCGCGGCGUCGGCGCCCCCUACGCAAACGUCAUCACCAUGCUGAGCGCCUUUUACGGCGCCCUGGUUUCGCAGUUUGCCACCGAGGCCCAGAAGAGGUAUCUGAGGCAGGAGCUGCUGAUAAUGGCGAAUGAGGGUGGCAUAGCCCAGAUCUCGGCGUUUUUAGAGAACCAAACGGUUGUCGUUCCCAGAGACGACAUUAUUCGGGAUAGGGAACACUAUCGAUCCCUGUCGAGAAAUUCGAAUUCAUGUACCGAAAGCAUCGUGCAAGAUCAUUGA